UCAUUCUCUCACAGCCAGAGCGGAUAACGAAAGCGGAGACCAAGAUCGAAUAGAACGGUCGAGCAACACACGGGAUAUAGCCUACUUCAGGUGUUGAUAGAACAUUGUUUGCGUCGACCGUUUGUGCGUCAACUAUUUGGAAGUGCCAGGAUGUCCAGUGAGGUGCAGCCCAGCUCGAGGCCAGAAGACAGUCCCAACACAAGUGGAGGCAGCUGGGACGCGGAGCAGAGAGAGGUGGCCCCUCCGGGUCAGGAGCAGGGUCAGGAGCGAGAUCAGACAACGCCCAAGAAGAAAGAGGCCAAGAUAUCCAGCAAGACCGCUGCCAAGCUCUCCACCAGCGCCAAGAGGAUUCAGAAGGAGCUGGCUGAGAUAACCUUGGACCCGCCACCUAACUGCAGUGCGGGUCCAAAAGGAGACAACAUCUAUGAGUGGAGAUCCACCAUCCUGGGACCACCAGGCUCUGUGUACGAGGGAGGAGUCUUCUUCCUAGAUAUCGCAUUCACACCAGACUACCCCUUCAAACCACCCAAGGUGACGUUCCGUACCAGGAUCUACCACUGUAACAUCAACAGUCAGGGUGUGAUCUGUCUGGACAUCCUGAAGGACAACUGGAGCCCCGCCCUCACCAUCUCCAAGGUGCUGCUGUCCAUCUGCUCCCUGCUCACUGACUGCAACCCUGCUGACCCUCUGGUAGGAAGCAUCGCCACCCAGUACACGACCAACAGACCAGAGCACGACAGGAUAGCCAAACAGUGGACCAAGAGAUACGCCACAUAGACUGACAUCAAGGAGCUCCACCACCCUUCUCUGACCCACCUCCGCCACCCAAAAUCUGUUGAGCACACCCAUCCCUCGCCCCUCCGCUCCUAGACUGGUCCCAAAUCUGUUUGUGCUGUAUAGCCAACUCCUAUGGUCAUUGCAUGCCAAACAAUUAAUUAAUAAUGGCAUGUUUGGCAUGACAAUGACAUUUACAUUUUAGUCAUUUAGUAGACACCCUUAUCCAGAGCGACUUAGUUAGACCCAAAUGUGUGGAAGCACACCCACCUCACCUGAUCCCCCCUCCUCAUCACAGGCGGCUGGUGGCACUUUUAUUGGGGAGGACGGGCUCAUAGUAAUGACUGGAACGAGUAAAUAGAAAUGCAUCAAACCCAUGGGUUCCAUGUGUGUUAAUGCCAUUCCAUUUACACCAUUCCAGACAUUAUUAUAAGCCGUCCUCCCCUCACCAGCCUCCUGUGCUCAUCACACCUUCAGUUCACCCCCACUCCCCCUCCUCUGAGAACAUGAACUUGAUCGCUUCUUUUUUUUUUUAUACAAAUAGUAUAUUGGAUUUUUUUCCCCAAUACACUGAAUGUUGAUAUGGUCACGAAAAGCUUUAAUACUGUUAUUCUUGUUGUUGUUAUUGUUUGUUGUUAUUAUUACUACAUUGUUUAUUGCAUUAUCAUCGUAGGCCCUUUUUAUGUGAUUGAUGAAAAAUGCAUUCUAUUCUAGAGCAUUCUAGAUACAUUCUAUUGAUACAGUCCAUGCUGAGCGUUUUUGUUUAAGAGGUCAUCUUCAGUUAGAGCCUGUCUGCAGAAUUAGUGUUUACAGAUGCAGAGUGGACCUUUUUCUAUGAUUUAAUCAUUUGUUGUUAUUAUUUUUCUGCCCCAAGAAGUUAUUGACAUGACAGUAAGGCUGUCUGGAUCUGUGUGUAGCUGGUCUUGCUGCUCACCUCCUGUGGUGCUAGUCAGCUGGCAGUGGUUUGCUGUACAUUUGCCUUGUGAGAAUACAUACUUAUUGAAUACUCAAUUAAACACUGGUUGUAAUGUUAA